UACAGCAUCCUGAGCUCCUCCACCACUCUUCACACCUCCCCCCUCGCACGUGCCCGGUGGUCGUCUGCCUGUCUUCCCCGAGAACACAACGACCGGCUUCCCGAGGACUCUCCCCACCGCGACUCUCCGAAAUUGAGCCGCUUUUUCUUCUCGAACAGUUCAUUCGGCCAGGAGGGAGACCUCCGAUCAGAUGCGUGCGCCCCCCCGCUGCGCGCGGCAUGGAGCGCGCGGGCUGGAGACCCCGGCCUCUGGAUGGAUGUGGGGAAUUAUUUGCGCUCGGAUUACAUCAGUCCCGCUGAAUCCGCGAUAAACCUGCAACACGGCGUCCUCCACCAAACAAUAGACAGAAAUAUUGCUGGGAUCAUGCAUCGCCGCCAUACCACACUGAGAGAGAAGGGUCGUCGGCAAGCAGUCCGUGGCCCAACCUACAUGUUCAAUGAGCGCAGCACUAGCUUAACAGCGGAGGAGGAACGUUUCCUAGAUGCUGCCGAGUAUGGCAACAUCCCUGUGGUGCGCAAGAUGUUAGAGGAGUCCAAGACUCUCAAUGUCAACUGUGUGGACUACAUGGGCCAGAAUGCCCUGCAGCUGGCUGUGGGCAACGAGCACCUGGAGGUGACGGAGCUGCUGCUGCAGCAUGACGGCUUAUCACGUGUAGGUGAUGCCCUGCUGCUGGCCAUUAGCAAGGGCUAUGUGCGUAUUGUAGAGGCUAUCCUGGCCCACCCAGCCUUUGCUGGAGGCCUUGAACAGGAACUGUGUGACAAUGACUUCUACGCCUACGAUGAGGAUGGCACGCGCUUCUCACAUGAUGUGACACCCCUGGUGUUGGCGGCACACUGCCAGGAGUAUGAGAUUGUGCACAUCCUUCUUCGCAGAGGUGCACGCAUUGAGAAGCCCCAUGACUAUUUCUGCAAGUGCACAGAGUGCGGUGUCCGACAGCGGCGUGACCCCUUCAGCCACUCACGGUCUCGCAUCAAUGCUUACAAGGGCUUGGCCAGCCCUGCAUACUUAGCCUUGUCUAGCCCGGACCCUGUGCUCACUGCCCUGGAGCUCAGCAAUGAAUUGGCACGGCUCGCCAACAUUGAGACCGAGUUCAAGAAUGACUACCGCAAACUCUCCAUGCAGUGCAAGGACUUUGUGGUUGGAGUGCUGGACUUGUGUCGAGAUACAGAGGAAGUGGAGGCCAUCCUGAAUGGGGAUGUUAACCAAACUCCCCCCAGUGAGCACCACCGCCCUUGUCUUAGCCGGGUCAAGCUGGCAAUCAAAUAUGAGGUCAAGAAGUUUGUUGCCCAUCCCAACUGCCAGCAGCAGCUCCUCACCAUCUGGUAUGAGAACCUGUCAGAGCUGCGGCAGCAGUCCAUUGGGGUCAAGUGCGGGACUGUGCUGGGGGUUACCAUUGGGUUACCCUUUCUUGCCAUUGCUUAUUGGGUCAUGCCAUGUAGCAAGCUGGGCCAGGUCCUUCGUAGCCCCUUCAUGAAAUUUGUGGCCCAUGCUGUGUCCUUCACCAUCUUCCUGGGCCUCUUGGUGCUCAAUGCUUCAGACCGCUUUGAAGGGGUUAAAAACCUCCCAAAUGAGACCGUUAUUGACCACCCACGGCAGAUCUUCCGAGUUAAGACUACCCAGUUCUCCUGGACUGAGAUGCUCAUCAUGAAGUGGGUCCUGGGGAUGAUCUGGUUGGAAUGUAAAGAGAUCUGGGCAGACGGGCCACGGGAGUAUGUGAUGCACCUGUGGAACGUGCUGGACUUCGGCAUGCUCUCCAUCUUUGUGGCAUCCUUCACAGCUCGGCUCAUGGCCUUCCUGAAGGCCUCAAAGGCGCAGCUGUACGUCAACCAGCACGUGCCCAACAUUGCCCUGAGCAAUGCCUCCCUGCCAGAUGAUGUGGCUUAUUUCACCUACGCGAGGAACAAGUGGCGACCGUCUGACCCCCAGCUGAUAUCGGAGGGGCUGUAUUCCAUUGCAGUGGUUUUGAGUUUCUCUCGUAUCGCCUACAUCCUGCCUGCCAAUGAGAGCUUUGGCCCGCUGCAGAUCUCCCUUGGUCGCACUGUUAAGGAUAUCUUUAAGUUCAUGGUCAUCUUCAUCAUGGUUUUUCUUGCUUUCAUGAUCGGCAUGUUCAACCUGUACUCUUAUUACCUGGGGGCAAAAUACAAUCCUGCCUUCACCACAGUUGAGGAAAGUUUUAAGACCCUUUUCUGGUCCAUCUUCGGCCUAUCAGAAGUAAUCUCUGUGGUCCUAAAAUAUGACCAUAAGUUCAUUGAGAACAUCGGCUAUGUGCUAUAUGGAGUCUACAAUGUCACUAUGGUGGUCGUCCUCCUCAACAUGCUGAUUGCCAUGAUUAACCACUCCUACCAGGAGAUUGAGGAAGAUGCUGAUGUGGAAUGGAAAUUUGCCCGCUCCAAGCUUUGGCUGUCUUAUUUUGAUGAGGGUCGCACCCUGCCAGCCCCUUUCAACCUUGUGCCAAGCCCCAAGUCCUUCUACUACCUGGUACUGCGCACCAAGGAGUGUGUAGUGCAGCUGUGCAAGGUAAAAGCUAGAGGCCCUGACAGCGAGAUGGAAAUGGACAAGGUCAACACAGGAACUAAGCCAAAUCUCUACAGAACUCACCGUCAGCCCAAAGAUCACUUCACAGUACGGGAGCCCAUCAAGCACCCAACAAGAUACCAGAAACUCAUGAAGCGCCUGAUCAAGCGCUAUGUCCUGAAGGCCCAAGUGGACAGUGAAAAUGAUGAAGUCAAUGAAGGUGAACUGAAGGAAAUCAAGCAGGAUAUCUCCAGCCUCCGUUAUGAACUCCUGGAAGAAAAGUCUCAGGCUUCAGAUGAGUUAGCUGGGCUCAUUCAGCAGCUAAAUGACAAGUUUGGGAAGAACCUCGGGGAGUCAUGAAAAGUGAUAAGCAAAUGUUUGCACUAGAAGAAAAGAUGGAGGGAGAAAAAGAGGAGAUUUGUGAGAUUCUUCGGAUAUGUAUAAUGAUAAAAAAGGCUAGAUAGAAUAAACUAGCAAAUAAUAUCCAGAACAGUAUUUUUUAGUAACUGGAAGAGGGACUGGAGUCUAAGUACCUUCCUAUUUUUGUAACUUAAGCAAGGUGAUGACAAAGGACUUUGAUGAUCUGAAAUAUUGAGGUUGUUAAGGUUGGCUUGACAGCAUAAGCUGUCUAGUGUUCUCAGAAGGCUUCUGGUCUUACACAGCAGCUUCUUCUGGGAUCUGACCUCAGAGCUACACCAUUAGACAAUCCCAACAAAUGUAGGAGUUUAUCAGUUGACUAAACAAUUAUUAGUGAAGAAAAAUGAGAUAGUGAAGAUUGUGAGAUAGCA